AUGGUUCAAGCCACAGUCGGUGAGUCAGUUAUUGAAGCCAAGGCCGAGGCUAGGAACUUGGGAAUCAUAUUCGAUGAGCACGCCACUAGGAAAUCUCAUGUCGCAGGGGUGUGUCGCUCGAUGUCAUCUAUCAGAAAGAUAGGUCAAAUUCGUAGGGUUUUAGACCGGAAGACAACUCUCACUCUCAUCCAUGCCUUCGUCACCUCCAAACUUGACACAUGCAAUGCACUUCUUCCUAAUCUUCCUGCCAACGAACUGAUGAAGCUUCAAAGAAUUCAAAACAUCGCAGCCAGAAUCACAGAGAAAGCAACUGGUCUCACUUCUACCACAUCCCUUCUCCGUAACCUCCACUGGCUCCCAAUCAACAAGCGGAUUCACUUUAAGAUCCUACUUCUCACCUACAAGUCUCUUUCUAACUCUACCCCUUCUUAUCUGUCUGAACUCAUUCACACCUACACACCCUCCCGUGCUCUCAGAUCCCAGAACAAACAUCUUCUCCAGAUUCCUCGUUUUAAGACCCAGUACUACGGCCGUAGCUCCUUCACCUUCAAUGCUCCCACCCUCUGGAACUCUCUCCCGCUCGCCAUUCGAACUGCACCUUCCAUCCAGACCUUCAAGACUGCACUUAAGACCUACCUUUUUAAGAAUUAUUAA